AUGAAUCUCGAUGUAGUGGAUGCGACUGCCGAGGCGCUGCCGCUCGAGCUACUCAACAACACGAACAAGGAGCUCACUGCCCAGCUCACGCGCGUUGAACAGCAGCUGGAGGAGCGGCAGGGCGGCGUCGAGGACCAGCGGCGGCGGCUGCAGUUUAUGAAGGAGCACCUUGGCAACGUCCGCGCAGAAAUCGUGAACACGCAGAGCUUCGCCGAGACGAAGAAGCGCGAGCUUGAGUCGGAGGAGAGCAUGUGCCGCGUCAUGGAGCGAGAGUGCGCACGGCUGCAGCAGCGGCAAACACAACUGGAGCGAAGCGCCGAGGAUGUACGCGACCGGCUCACGUCGUUGCAAGACCGCAUCUUUCACGGAAAUCUGAAGAUCGAGGAGCUGAAGACCACGCUGGACUACAACCAGGAGGAGCUGGAACAGUGGGACGAGGCCCGCCGGCAGAAGGAAGAGGACGAGCUAGCCAUCGCGCGCUACUCCAAGCUUGAUGAGGCCAAGGUGAAGCAGCUCACUCAGCACAUCGAGAAGCUUGAGACGACCGUGCGGAAGCAGCACAAGCAGCUUGAUGAGGAGAUGCUGGCCACGCAGCACGUGCAGGGGGAGCUGGACCGCAUCGCCAACGAGUACCGAAAGCUUCACGACGACCGCAGCGGCAUGCUAGACGAGUGGGAGCAGGUGGUUCGCAGCAUCGCCGAGCGCGACGAGGCCAUCCGCAUUGCGGCAGAGCAGUAUGCCGAUGGCGUUGCCUGGAUUCAGAAGCGGCAACAGCUGAAGAAGUCGCUGUCGAAAUCGCUCGAUGAGGCGAGGGAGGAGACGGAGGUGAUCAACUACACGAUCCAAGAGCGCGAGAAAACGUCGCGGAAGCUGCAGGAAGCGGUGCCGGUGCUGACUCAGCAGGUGCAAAACAUACAGGAUGAAGUAGACGCCCUGCGCGAGGAGGCGUCAAGGGCCACGCGAGACAAACGGGCGGCGAUCCUCCAGCUGCAGGAGACCAUCACCAAGAUCGAGCGCCGCAACAAGGAAUUGGCCAUGACAGAGAAGCGCCGGGCCACUGCAGCGGAGCGACUGAAGGAGGAGGAGAUGACCGCCACCGAUCUUCAGAAGCAAGCCGACUUCAUUGCGCAGCUGCUGAAGGACGCUGAAGUAGCCUCCCACAACGUCGUUAAGGACAUCGAGCAGCUCAAGAUGGCGACCUUCAGGGCGAACCAGGACCUUUCCGAGGUGCGCGCAGCGCAGACGACGACCUUGGGCGAGAUCAGUGGGGCGCAGGCGCAGGGCAAGAACUACAACGCCAAGAUCAAUCAGCUGGAUGAGGAGUCUUUCUCGCAGCAGGGGGUGCUGUACAACAUCGAGUUCAGCGUCCAGCAGAUGGAGAAGCGUGUGGGCCGCGCGAAAGGCGAUCGAACCGAGGAGGAGCGGAAGGAGCUUCGCGGCAAGAUCGAUCUUCUGCAGGCCACGCUUGACGAGCUCGAGAAGCAAAGCCGAAUCCUGCAGAGCCAAGUGAAGCGGGUGCGGGAGGAGAUGCGGCAGUCUGCCAUGCAGAUCGAGAAGCUGGAAAUGACUAAGAAGCGUGCUCUCGAGGAGGUAUUAGAGAUGGACCUGCAUUGCACGCACGACGAACGGGAAGAGAAGAAGCUGGAGAAGCAGCGCGAGGACCUUCUCAUCAAGGUGGACACGUUAGAGCUGCAGCUACUCCGCCUGCGCAACGCGCUAAGAGCAAAGGAUGCAGAGCUGCUCACGUUGGAGGAGAAGAAGCGGCAACUGGAGGCUGACGUGGCGGAGCGCGAGGCGGAGAUCGAAGUGCACCACCGUCUGCUGAAGAUGGAGGCGAAGCUGGUGGAGGAGGAGCGCAAGCGCCUUGUGGCGGAGCUUCUCGACCGGCAGAAGAGCUUGACGGCAAUCAAGAACAGACAGGAGGUGCUUGUAGGACGCAUGGACCCGGCACAGGCGCGCUUGUCGCAGGUCCAACUCGUCAUCGCGGCGGCGAAAGAGCGUGAGGAUCUCCAGUACCGCGGCGACUCCCUCGACGCGCGCAUCCGUCGCAUGGAGAAGGAGAUGCUGAAGCUCGAGAAGACGAUCGCUGUCAUCAAAGCGAGCAAUACGCAGUACAAGCACAAGUUCGACAAGGUCUCCGACAAGGACGAGGAGGUGCAGACGCAGAGGGCGCUCACGACCAAGUUCAAGGAGCUCAAGAGCGCGAUUAGCCGCCGCGGUCUGGAGGCGAACGACUUUCAAGCCACCACACGCAACAAGCAGGAGGAGCUCCGGGCACUGGAGUUUGAGAAAGAGCGUGUUGGACACACGCAGCAGCAGAUGCUGCAAGAGUACGAGUCCGUCACGCAAGACAUCCUAACGUUGCGCGAGACUUCGGUUCGCUACGAUCAGGCCAUUGGAAAGGCCAAGGAGAACGUCGAUGCUGCCGUGGCGCGCGAUGUCGAACUCGUCUGCACACGCGAGAGACUCGACAACACCGUCGCUCAGCUCCUCUCUCUCUCCCGAGAAGCCGGUGACGAGGUGCUUGACGUGGUCAAGCAGAUGCUCGCUGCCCAUCAGCUGUCGGUCGAAAGUGCCUAG